AUGAAGCAAGUCGUUGCCGGUGACGGUUACGAUGUAGCAACGGAAUCCGAGAGUCUGUUUAUGCCCAUAUUGUUCGUCUGGUACUGCAACUGGAAAUGGCGAGUAGACGUAGAAGAAGACGAUGAAAUUUGGGGGAAAUCUAAUCGGAACAUUGAUAAGGUUUGUCGCCAUCGCCCGGCUAUAAUCCAUAAGAUUUUCCCAGCGGUCAUUUUCUUUCCAAAUAUCGCCAUGGCAGAUGAGGAAGCUGUUGAUCAGAAAAAGCACCUUGAGGAAUCUUGCAAACCAAAAUGUGUGAAGCCACUACUUGAAUAUCAGGCGUGUGUCAAGAGGAUCCAAGAUGAUGACUCUCGCCACAAACAUUGCACUGGGCAGUACUUUGAUUACUGGCAUUGUGUUGACAAAUGUGUCGGCCCUAAGCUGUUCCCGAUGCUAAAAUGA